GUGUCCUGGGGCGUCUCAUCGAAGGGUUGCCCUGGAGAGAAGGAAAACGAGCAAGCUGCAAGCAGAAGCGGAGGGCGAGUGUGGUCCCGGGGGGACGGAGCAGCCUAGCAGUUUAUCUCCGGACACCGAUCAGGGAAUAGUGCCAGCAGAGCAGAGCUUCACCUCGCCCGCCCUUCCUGCGUGGACAGAUGAGCCCGGCAUCGACAAUUCGCCCUUUGAGGAGAGCACGGUAGCAGACACAAAUCAACAGCCACCUACCUUGCCUGAAGGAGAGAUCACUACUAUUGAAAUUCAUCGGUCCAAUCCUUAUAUUGAAUUAGGAAUUAGCAUAGUGGGUGGCAAUGAAACGCCUUUGAUCAACAUUGUCAUUCAGGAGGUUUAUCGAGAUGGGAUCAUUGCCAGGGAUGGAAGACUUCUUGCUGGAGACCAAAUACUGCAAGUCAAUAGCUUUGACAUAAGCAACGUGUCUCACAACCACGCUCGAGCUGUGCUUUCCCAGCCUUGCUCGGUGUUGCACCUCACCGUGCUGAGAGAGAGGCGGUUCGGCAGCCGCACACACAACCACGUGGACGCCACCAGCUCCUUGCGGGAAGACAGCUUUCAAGUGACGCUGCAUAAACGUGACUCCAGCGAGCAGCUUGGCAUUAAACUUGUACGCAGAACAGAUGAGCCAGGAGUUUUCAUUCUUGAUCUUUUGGAAGGGGGGUUGGCUGCCCAAGACGGCAGGCUCUGCAGCAAUGACCGUGUACUUGCGAUCAAUGGGCAUGACUUGAAGCACGGGACACCCGAGCUUGCUGCUCAGGUUAUACAGGCUAGUGGGGAGAGAGUGAAUUUGAUCAUCUCUAGACCCCUGAAGUCACAGACAGUCAGUAUUAUCCGAGACACGGGGACUCACAACAGCAACUCACACCAACACCAGUCCCAACAACUGUUGCACAGCAGACCCAACUCACAUAAGGAUCUCUCCCAGUGCGUUACAUGCCAAGAAAAACACAUUACUGUGAAAAAAGAGCCACAUGAAUCUCUGGGAAUGACAGUGGCAGGAGGCAGAGGCAGCAAAAGUGGCGAACUGCCCAUCUUCGUGACAAGUGUACAGCCUCACGGGUGUUUGGCAAGAGACGGCAGGAUUAAACAAGGUGAUGUGCUGCUGAACAUCAACGGCAUCGAUUUGACUAACCUAAGUCACAGCGAGGCGGUGGCCAUGCUGAAAGCUAGUGCUGCCUCUUCGGUAGUCGCCCUGAAAGCCCUGGAAGUCCAGGUUGUAGAAGAACAACCCCAGGCUAAUGAAGAACAAUUGAGUACCGUCAGUGAAAAUGAAUACGAUGCCAGUUGGUCACCAUCAUGGGUCAUGUGGCUGGGACUUCCAAGCUGCCUACAUAGCUGCCAUGACGUAGUACUGCGGCGGAGCAAUUUAGGGAGCUGGGGUUUCAGCAUUGUCGGUGGCUACGAGGAGAACCACACGAAUCAGCCUUUCUUCAUUAAAACGAUUGUUCUUGGAACUCCCGCGUACUUUGAUGGAAGAUUAAAGUAA